GCAUGGCCACUUGGCGAUAGUACACAGUGGCCAUGACAUUUGUCGCUUUGCUUCCUCGUCUAGCCGAUUACUCAAACAAAAACCGCGGGGGCUCGUGAAUUGUUUCCAACAUUUAAGUUAUCAUGAAUAUGCGAGAGACAUACUUUAGUUCUGUGCAUCUUUGGUCGCGCCUGUGAUUUCCUACUUUUGGGUUGAAUUUUCUGUUGAUGGUUUCAUAAGUUGUAACAUUGUUGUUUUGGGACAAAGAUUGACCUCAGAUGAGUUUGCUGCUACCGCUACCGGAUCUGCGUGUGUGUUGAAACCCUUUCCGUGUGAAGCUCCAUCGACAAUUUCCUACCUGGGAGAAUAGGUUAAGAAGUUUGUUGAAUUUGAAUAAUCGCAGAUCGUAGGUAAGGCGUGCAUCUUGUUGUGGGAGAUUAUUCACACAAUUCUUUUGAUUUGUCAUAGUAUAGUAAAGGCUUUCACAAGGUUCUAACACACAUCACCAUACUUUUAGAGUCGAUCGUUGAGGGUUUAGUUUUGGGGUAAAUUGAUCACGACGAUCCGUUCCUCAAGUUAGGGCAGAACCUCCAGCACCCCAUCCCAUUCUGUGGACGAAAGCCUAGAGUAAUGACAACAAAAUUAUCGGUGUGCAGACAGGAGAAAGUUCACAGCAUGAAGCUACUCCAUGCACCGCAAACUGGGCACAUGUUCAGCGUUGUGGCAGGCCCCAAAAACACUCACUUCUCACAAAAGGGGAAAGUUAGCGUUGCGGAUUUCGGCGCAAGAUGGGUUCCAGCUGCAGCUCCGUUUGGGGAUGCCAGUUGCUCGCUUCAUGGGACGCCGAGUGCUAGCAAAUUUCUUGGUUCUGUCAGUGCCAUUAGAAUUUGGGGUUUGAAGAGUGAGAAUAGAGCUGGACAGAAUGGCGCACGUUACGCAUGGGCCAAACCCGAAGGAUCCUCUGAAAAAUCUGAGUAUGUCCAGAACACGAAGGCGGAAUCAGCCUCAAACCUAGACGACUCCCAGGAGCCAUUCCGAGACGCCGUAGAGUCAGGGCAAUCGAUCGGGGAAGCAACAACCCAGUUGCAAUUUGAAGCAAAGGAGGAGAAGGAGGCAGGUGAAGCUAUCCGCGACAAGAGUGAGGAACUUUUCAAGCAGUCGACAACCAACGGCAACUCCGAGGUGGGCAAGUGCAAGUCUCCGGAGCAUCAAGAUCCAAAGGCCGAAGUCUCCAGUGAAAUAUGGGCCGAGAAAGACCCGAAUGAGGAGAACGCCACCUCGCACUCCUUCCUCGACGAUGAGAAGAAAGUGGACUUUCAUGGUGAAGAAGAUAAGUCGGUUCUGGGCAUCGGUGGGGAGAGAGUGGAGAGUUCCUGAAUUGCCGAAUCUACUACAACUCCGCUAAACAGCUCACCAACCCAUCGGCGGACCCAGCGGCCGUGCUCGUUGUCACCGCCGCGCCUUACCGCGCGGCCGCGGUAGGGUCGGGAACGUGGGCUGUUCCCAAUGGAACCGUAUGGAGACUCCGGGUGAGAACUCAGGGUGAGAACUCAGGGUGAGAACUUAGGCAUGGCCCGCAAAAAGGGGAUGAGAGACCGGUCUCAGGAUUUGGUGCAAUGGGGUUGCUGGUUAGUUGAACAAGGUUUGAAUGGAAUUAGAGGGCUCUUGAUGAUAAUAUAGGGGGGAAUAAUGGACUCAGUCAAGGGGGGUGGGGGUUGCAAAUGUUGAUACAGCUUUGGCAAAGUCACAGCAGUACAGGCACAAACCCUUGAUUUUGAUACCUGUUAUAUGAAUGUUUUCAUCACAACUCUGCUCCUUUCUUCUUUUUUAAUUAUGAAUGAAUGCUGUCUAAUCAGAAAUUAAUGAAAUA